AUGUUCUCUUGAUUUUCAUAUCGGCGUAGCGAAAUCUAUUACUGAUCAAUGUAUAGGACUGAGUUCGGAAACGGAGAAUCGGUUCGAUAUUUGGUUGCUUCGGUUUCUGAAAUGCAGGUCUGUACCUCAAUCAUCGAUAUUUGCAUUUGAAAACGGAGUCACGAUGAUUGAGUUCUCUUUACUGUAAUGGCUCCAACACCGUCUUCUAAAUCAAAUCAAAGUCACAUGAGCCAAUUGAGAACUCCUCAAGCGAAGCGGCUCAAUUUUCAUACCCCUAGGGCACAUCCAUCCCCUUUCCCCAACUCCGCCAUUAAAGACUCCCAAUCCGAGCACCCAGUAGAAGUAAUCGGCCGGAUCCGAGAAUAUCCUGACCGGAAAGAAAAACCGGUUUCGAUUCUGCAGAUCAAUCCCGACGGUCAGAACGUUCGGGUUCGGGCCGAUUUCGGGUACCGCGAUUUCAGCCUCGAUGGUAUUUCUCUGUCGGAAGAGGAAGAUCUCGAUACGUUUUACAAGAAGUUCGUCCAAGCGAGGAUUCACGGCGUUAAGUUGGGGGAGAAAUGUACGAUUAUGAUGUACGGACCCACUGGCGCCGGCAAGAGCCACACCAUGUUUGGCUGUGCGAAACAGCCCGGGAUUGUGUAUCGGUCGCUGAAGGACAUUUUAGGCGACGUCGAAAGUGAAGCCGCCGGCGGAGAGCGGUUGGGAGUUGGAAUGUUCGUGCAAGUUACGGUGCUGGAGAUUUAUAAUGAAGAAAUAUACGAUCUUCUAACGAGUAAUUCUGGUGGAGGGCUAGGGCUUGGCUGGCCUAAGGGCAGUGCCUCUAAGGUGAAGCUUGAAGUGAUGGGGAAGAAGGCAAAGAAUGCUACUUAUCUAUCUGGUAAUGAAGCAGGAAAGAUUUCCAAAGAGAUUCAGAAAGUGGAGAAAAGAAGGAUUGUUAAAAGUACACUCUGUAAUGAGAGAAGUUCAAGAAGCCAUUGCAUGAUAAUCCUCGACGUGCCGACUGUCGGUGGGCGCCUAAUGCUUGUCGAUAUGGCUGGUUCUGAAAAUAUAGAGCAAGCUGGCCAAGUUGGAUUCGAGGCAAAAAUGCAGACAGCAAAGAUAAAUCAAGGUAACAUUGCACUGAAAAGAGUGGUUGAAUCAAUUGCCAAUGGUGAUUCUCAUGUGCCUUUUAGAGACAGUAAAUUGACAAUGCUUUUGCAGGAUUCUUUUGAGGAUGAUAAAUCCAAAAUUCUGAUGAUUCUAUGUGCCAGUCCUGAUCCCAAGGAAUUACACAAGACGAUCUCGACACUCGAAUAUGGUGCGAAAGCCAAAUGCAUCGUCCGUGGUCCGCAUACGCCGACGAAGGAUAAAUGUGGUGCUGAUGAGUCUGCUUCUGCUGUUAUUCUGGGAUCUAGAAUUGCAGCAAUGGAUGAUUUCAUCUUCAAGUUACAAAAGGAGAACAAACUCAGAGAAAAAGAGAGAAAUGAGGCACAUAGAGAACUCUUGAAGAAAGAAGAACAAGUGGCAGAAUUGAGAGCUAGGCUCGAGCAAGCAGGCUCGAGAGGAUCGGGGACGAGCGAGGAAGAGAUCAAUUCGAAGGUGAACGAAAGAACCGAAAUUCUGAAACUUGAGUUGGAGAGGAAGCUGGAGGAGUGCCAGAGAAUGGCUCAUGAAUUUGUUGAAUUGGAAAGGAAAAGAAUGGAAGAGAGGAUACUGCAGCAGCAACACGAAGUCGAAACGUUGAGACGACGUUUGGAAGAAAUCGAAACUGGACUAUUGACUUCAAGGAAUAAUGCAGAAACAAGCAAUGAUGUUGUAAACAAAUCAAGGGACAUGGAUGGCUGCAGGCUUGCUAAAAGGCUCUUAGGAGGAGUUUAUGCAAGUGCAGAUGCAGGGAUGGUGAAGUCCAUGGACUUGGACAUGGAUGAUCAAGAACCAAUCAUCGCCGGUAUGGAUUAUCAACUGUCUACCAACAAUGGUAUCCAAAGCCUACUAGAGAAAGUGAACGAGUUGGUUGAUCACGAUGUGUUUUCAUCACGGUUUAGGGACAGUGAUAGAGUAUGCCUAAGUACUGUGUUAGAGGAAGACGAUGCAGAAGAUGAAGAGGAUAAGGAAGUAAUAGAAGAAAAGAGAGUAGUGAGUACAGUUAUGAACAGAACAAGUCAGAAUCUCAAGGAGAGAUCGGAGAUCGGCAUCGGAUUAAUAAACGACGAUGAAAACUCUAAGGACACCGCGUUCUCGAGAAAAUUGAGAAUUCAAAAUAUAUUUACUCUUUGUGGAAACCAGAGAGAGCUUUCACAUCAAAUUCUAUCAGACAUGACGAACCAGAAGGGAGGAGCUGUAUUAGCAGAGAAUGAAGAGGCAAUGCUGCAGCCUAUAAAGCUAGCAGUAAAGUGGGGAGUGAACAGCCCAGGAGGUGUUGAUGAUGUUGUGCCAUUGAGUCCAAUUCCAUUGUGUUCAAAGGAGAACAAGCUGCCUGUCACGCCGAACGACGUAUCGCAGCAACACGAUGGCCUAUUGCCGAGGCUUAGCACCACGCCGUUCAUCACUGUAAGAAAACACUAAGAGAGAAGGGAAGGGGGACAUUUUUUAUGUUAGGCCUUCUUGCAUUUUCCAUUGUGCUCAAAGGAGAACAAGCUAGCUGCCCGUCACGCCGAACGACGAAUCGCAGCAACGCGAUGGCCUAUUGCCGAGGCUUUAUCUGCGCGACACCGUUCGGCACUGUAAGAAACAAUAAGUAAGAGAAGGAAAGGGGAAGAUUUUUUUGUGGCAUUUUUGUUGUACUGGACUCUGAAGAUCAUUAUUUUGAGUUCUUCCUUCCCAUUGUUCUUCUAAUAGGAAAUUGAAUUGGCCUGAUGGAUGGGGAUG